GCUGACGGAAGGGUGGCUUUAUUUUUAUUUUAUUUCUGUGCUUUGAACAAUAUUCAGUUUCUUCUGUUUUAUAGCUAUAUAAACAAUUUUAAAAACUAGCUCAUGAAUAACAAAUGGACACAAGUGAGGAGUUAAGGCUAAAGUUUCCCUUUUGUUUCCUGAUAUUUCAGCACACAUCAGCAACUGUUCAGGUAGCUAGCUAGCUACCCAUUAUGCACUGUGGGGCUUAGUAGGGAUAACUGCGGCCUUAACACUCUCAUUUAAUUGCUCUUGUUGGGUUAGAAUAGACCUUUGACUGUUUAACUCGACUUGUAUCUACAGUACUUUGCUUUGUAGGUGACGUCAGUGACACUGUGGUAGAGAGGGGAUCUCAGAUCAAGGGACAAUGGGAGAAAUCAGGUUUAGAGGGUUGAGCAGGGCCUACCUGACCACUGUCCUCAUUGUAGGAGUUCCUGCAUUAGUAUUAUCCGAAUGCUGAAUUAGUAUUAUCCUAUGCAGUUUACCUCAAAGCAUAGAGACACCCCUGUGCAGCUGUGGUUUCCCCCACUAAAGGGUUUGGAAGGUGACAACGGGUAUGAAGCAUUGGCAGAAAAGCUUCUGAUUUAGUGACUGGGAAACUUUUCCCUGGACUUGUAACUAAAAGGACCAAAUAACUUGGGACUCACAGCUGUGCCUGCUCCCGUCCACCUUUUUUUUAUUUUUUCAAAUGGCCUUGACAAGAACUUUCAAGGGUGGACUUCCUCACACAAGAUUCCACACUACUGUGACUCUUGUUAGCUUGAAAAGAACUUGGAGAAGACUCCUUUCAGAACGCACCAGGAUUUGUCUUGACUGGGAUAAAAGCUGGGAUGGAAAUUCUAUGAUGCUGAUGACUAUCAUCCUACAGAGAACACAAAGAAAAUGGCUCAAGGAAUACCACUAAAUGACCAGGACAGGAUUCCAUGGCUUUGCAAAUUACAUGAUAUAUUAAUGAGAGAAGAGUCAGCUGGACAAAGUGUGAUUCUGGCCUGUUCAGCUCUGAAGAAAAUGUAUAGACGCAUAUUAGUAAGUGGAGGGGAUGCUGUGUAUUCUAAAAGUGAUCAGCUAGACUCUGCCACAGGGAAGGUCCUUUUUAUCCAUUUGGAUGGAUCUAUGGAACUCAUUGCCAGCCGCCUGGAGAAGAGGAGAGGACACUUUAUGGCACCCGAACUACUACAGUCUCAGUUUGAUACACUGGAGCCUCCCUCAGCACCAGAAAACUUUAUCACUGUGAGUCUGGAAAAGUCUGUUUCUGAAAUAGUGUCUGAAAUUGAGAAAUCUCUUCACUUAGAGAAAUGCUUUUCCAGAGCAGUUUCUGAAUUAGAUGCACAUUAAUUCUUUUAACCAUGUCAUAUUUGUGGAACAGCAUUUUAGUUGCUUUCUCAAGUUAACCAGCAUGGUUUGCAAUAUUAACUUCAUUGGCUUGACAUACUUUAAAGGGACUGGGACACUACUAUUACUGAUGUUUUCAUUAAGACCUGUUCAAACCUGGAGAUACAAUUUUCAGAAGUGAAUGGCAUUUGCCUACCUCUUCGUCCAUUUAAAUCACAGGUGAAACUCCCAUUGGCUUUGAUAGAAACAGGGGUAGGUCAACACCGAGUGCUUCUGACAAUCCCACCCUAGGGAUUUAGACGGAACAUGAAAAUCUCAGCAAAUGUAGCUUUCACUUUUUUCCUGCCAAAACACAGAAAUUGGCCCCAGUCAUCACUACUGACAUUUAAGUGUUGAAUGGACACUUGAAAGGUGAACGUCCUUUUAAGAGGAGGCAGAGUUCUCUGAUAGUGCAGAGGGACAGCAGGGUUCAGGUCCUGACUCCACCAUUAGCUCCAUGCCUGAUCUGGAACAAGUCACAACCUCUGUGUCUGUGUCCACAUCUGUGAAAAUACUUGCUGACCUCACAUGGGUGUUGUGAGAUUUCAUUGAUUCUGACUUAAACACAGUGAACUCCUGUGGGAGGGAGAGAGCUAUGUAACUGCAAAGUAUUAUUCUACCUAAAUCUUUAACAAUAAACUAAGUAGCACUGUAUUGACUGUGAUUUAGUCUUUCAUAUGCAAAAUAUACACAUAAUGAAACAGGAGAGAGAAUGACUCAGCCAAUGAGGUACGAUUUAUGUACCACUGGGUUCAUCAGUUCAGAACGGAUGGAUGUUCUCUCCCUUCAGCUUGACUGGCAGGCAGCUGGUCAGCAUGACUUUUUCUGGCACCCUUCACCUGCUACCGCAAUAGCCUCACUCUAGCCUCUAGUGCUCAAGCUGUAUCACAAAGCAUGACUUUUGUUGUAAUAAAAAUUCAGAGCUGGUGUGAGGAAGAGCAAGGGCAAAAGUCGCAUACAUAAUUCACAGAAUUUAAAGAAUAUGAAAGCAUGUUUAUUUUUUUUUUUUGUGUGUAUAUAUGUAUCAAAACAUGUUUAAAAUACCCUUUAACCAUAGCUCAGUGAAUACUGGUCUGGACUGCCCAUAUUACCUGAAACUAGCCCUCCUCCCUGGUAUCUACCUCUUUGUUUUAACCUUGUAAGUCAUCAUAGGAUACAUUUUCUAUGAGAGAUGCUCUUCAAGAGAAGUAAUAUUGUGAAGAAUCUUUCUGAUAUAUUGCUAUGUAUAUAUUACCCCCAUCAGUACUCUCAUCCCAACUUAUGACCUUGAUUAAUCCGACUAGCUCACUCCUUUUCAGGCAAGGAUGGUGGUGUUCAAAGACAUCUUUGGGGAAGUUAAUUGAAUCAUUAGCUGGGUUACCAGUUAAAAAUGUGUUUAUAGCUUUUUCUAGUAGAAGUUAGACUUGCUCUUGUGGUACCCCAAAGAAAUACCAACACUGCCUCCUUGGCACAAUGCUAUGAAUGAGCUUUGGGAACAGCAGUGAUAGAGAAACUCCGCUAUACCAGACAAAUCAAAAACUGAUAACUAUCUGGUAGGUAUUUUCCCUACAAGUGACACAGCCAAAAAUCAAACUGCAAAAGAUUGAUCCAUUUCUUUCUGUACUACUGUCUUGUAUAAAAUGCCCAUAAACCUAUUUAAUCCAAAAUCUGUAUCCAAACUGUUUGCUUCAGUGUGAAAGAGUCCUGGACUAAUAGCCAAUUCAUUUCAGAUUACUUUUUGCACAUCCUUCUUAUUUGUUAUAAGAGAAACAAAUUAGAAGUGGGCCCCAAUUUAUAAGAUUAUGGUUCAGUGCAUCACAUUGAACUGGCCAAAUGCAACAUUCCCAACACACACAGUUUCAGGUAUUGUUCAGACCUAGAGUCUGGUUCAUGCCAAUAUUAAAUUCAGGUAAAUGGCACCCUCUUGUGGUGAUUCCACUAGGUCAGAUCUACAUUUAAUAAAGUCACAGUUCUCCCAAUACAUGUACCCAGUGCAGUUCUACCUACUGCACAGUGUUGAAGUUGUGCUUGGAUUUUAUCAAGUGUGGGCCCAAAAAACAAAACAAAAAAACCCUCAAACACACAAUUCAGGACAUGUAUCUAACAUACUGCUUGGAAAACAGUUACAUCACCUCAGGUUGUGUAUGACCAAGAGUCAAAAUUAACUCUCAGCCAAUAUAGUUUUUGGGUGGGAAGGGCUAAGAUUUUUAAAUGAGUACCUAAAGUACCUAAGCAUCUACAUAGGCACCUAUAUAUAAGUGGCCUGAUUUCCAGAAGUGCUGAGCACCCACAAA